CUUUGAGGGUGGUUGUCAAAACAAAGGGCAGUUUUUCGGGGGCUCUUUACAUAUCCGCUUUUCUGUGGGAAUUCCACUUCCAACAUGAGUGAGAACAAUUGUGAUGGCAAGGAUGAUAGCUCAGGUGUCAGUUGCGAGUAUCCUACUGAGAAAACAAUCAAUCUCCUGGCCACAGGCAUUGUGAAUUUGUACCAGUCAGAUCUCGAGAAGAUCCAGAAGGACCUCAAGAAUCUAACAUCGAAACAGGACAAAUUGAUGGGUCAAUUGGAGAGCGAGAAAGGGCGAUUGGAUGAGAGGCAAUUGAGGAACAUUCAGGAAAUGAUGGACAAUGUGAAGGUGUACCGAGAGAAACUGCUGAUCAUUAAGAAGCAGAUGACUAACAUUCAUCAACGAUCCAGGCAACUUGUGAAACGCUCACAGGACUUGCAGGAGUUCAAGGAGAAGGAGAAGCAGCAGAAGAUACAGAAGAGACGCCAGGAAGAGGCGCUGAUCGGGAGACCAUGAGUUUUAAAUUGGUUUUAAAACAGUAAAUAAUUUAUUCUAUCUUGACGAUCACAUUCAGCAGACACCACAGAACACUUUGAACCAUAUUUAACUACUGGAACAGGUCAGAAGGCGCUUCCAGGCUCUUCGGGACACUUCACUGCUGGAAUGAGUUGUGUCGUGUGUCGUCAUCCAGCAUGUGGAUUGCAUCUGUAGGUGUUCUGUAUUCGUUUUGCAUGAGUUCUGUGGGCGAUACAAACAGAUGCAGUCAGUGUGGAAGCGAUAAUCCCCGGAUGUACACAAAGCCACAAUAAAGUAAAUAAGGGUAAAUACUGGAAUCUACUGGAAAUUGCGAGUGGGACAGGAGAAAACCCAAAUUGCAUG